UGCCGCGCCGUGCCCCAGACGCGAUGUUCGGCUGGUUCAAGAAGGCGACGCCGGUCUGGGCUGGCUACACGUUCGACGGCCUCGUGGCCGUGCACGCGCAGCUCGUGCGCUUCCGCGAGCUGCCCGAGGCGACGCUGGUCGAGCUCCUCCGCGUGCUCUCCGAGUUCCUCAUCUACAGCGACCAGCACAGCGGCGAGGCCUUCUUCUUCGACUUCUUCUGCGAGAAGAACAUGAUGGCGCUCUUCGUCGCGAUCGCCAACAGCCGGUCGCCGAGCCUGCGCGUGCAGGUGCAGCUGCUGCAGACGCUGAGCCUCCUCGUGCAGAACAUCUCGACGGCCACGUCGCUCUACUACAUCCUCAGCAACAACUACGUCAACAAGCUGCUCACGUGCCGCCAGUUCCGGCUCGACUUGGAGGACGUCCGCGACUGGUACGUCACGUUCCUCAAGGCCGUCUCGAUCCGCUUGACGAUCGACACGGUCCAGUUCUUCUUCAACGCAGCGACGCGGACGUUCCCGCUCUACGUCGAGGCGCUCCAGUUCCGCCAUUGCGCCGAGAUCCAAGUGCAGAUCGCCGUCAAAACCGUGAUCCUCAACGUGCUGCGCGUGCCCGACGACCGCAUGCGCCGCUUCCUCACGCAGCCGUCGAACCUCGCCUACUUUCUCGACCUCGUCAAGGUCAAUGCCAGCCUCGCGCUGGCGCUGCAAGCCGACGCGACGCGCUUCGACCGCUUCCAGUACAAGGAAGACAAGCUCGUGGACCAGUGGUACUACCUCCAGGACAUCCUCCAGGUGCCCAUGCCCGACCUCUGCUUCCGCCUCGGCGAAUGCCUCUUUGACGCGUACCUCCAGCACCUCCUCGCUCGGAGCUUGCUGCCCAAUUGUGCGGCGAAGGCGGCGCCCCGCGUCUCGACGCUGCUCGCGCUGCAUCUUCUCACACAGUUCUUCCAUCGCUCGUCCCACACCCCACUGCUCCAUGCGACCGCCGUCAUGCUCUUGCACCCCGAGCUCCAAGGCACGACGUACAUGACGGCUGCCCUCGGCAUGGGCGACAAGAAGGUCCUCGGGCGCACGACGUCAUUGGACUCGAACCUCGGCCGCAUUGAGACCGCUUCCCACUUGACGCCGUCGCUGUCGAGCGAUAGUUUGCGUGCCAACGCCGUUGCCUUGUCACCGACAGCGUCGUCGCGGGUGUCGUCGCCGUCACCGGUGCUGCCACCGGUGGUCUUUGAGCCGCACACUGCCGACGACUGCAGCGCCGACCGGUGCUGUCUCUGCACGGCCUUUCCUGUCGGCGACUGGCCGGCCACCGACGUCCGAGCGACAGCGUUCGACUUGACCGCCAACGUGUACCGCCAGGCGCUUCUGGCGCUUGUGACGAGCUCGCAGCCGACCUUGCGACUUGCAACCAUCACACUAUUACGCACGAUUCUGCGGCACCCGAGCAUCGAUCGCCGCGCGCCGUGCUGGGCAGCCAGCUUUGCGGACCGCUUCAUGUCGCUUCUGGACCAGUACCAAGCCGACGUCCCCAACGACAUAGCCACGUGGGAAGCAGCGACGUCGUCGCUGACGACGGCACGCGACAAGCUGAGCGACGAGUGCGAGGUGCAGUGGUCCACGCUCGUCGCAGCGGAGACGUCGUCGUUGUCCGUCUCGCGCGCGACGCUGCUCGUCGAACUAUUGCGCACGUUGGAUGCGCUGCAUCUUCUGUCUCAGUCCGUCCUUCCCGCGAUGACGGCGCUGUCGACCGACCAGCAAGAAGACACGGCGGUCCUGCGGCGGCACUACAAGCUACGCGAGCCGUUGCCGCUGGCCGAGCGCAGCUUUGUGCCCUGCGUGCUCGCCGACGCGGACGUGUACUGUCUCCUCAACGCCGACCUCUUUGUCGUCGUGCGACCAGACGCGGCCGACCGGACGUUUGGGCUUGUGACACACUUGCACCCACUGCACGCGGUCGCAAUCGAGGUCGACGAGGCGCACUUGCGCGUACGCAGCGGCGGCGACAGCGUCCACCUCGCGUUCCCGAUGGCCGAGAUGCGCGACCAAAUGGCGACGCACCUGCUCGCGAUGCAGCAGCAGCAAGUGGCGAGGAAGACGGACGCCAUCCAGACGCUGUUAACGCUGCGUGUCGCCGUCUCCUAG